AUGCUCCUGGAGGUUAGUUCCAGUCUUGCCACCUUGGGUCAGCCUGAAUCCAAUGCAAGUCCUGUGCAGCCUAAUGCUGGUCCUGAUCCAGGUUGCCGCUGUGAUGCCACCCUGCAGCAGCACUCACAAAUAGAGGGAGAGUCUUCGGCCGCUGAAGGGUUGCAGACGUUGUUUAAUCACAAACACUGCUGUUCCUGUAGACAUCAGUACGGUGGAGGAGCAGAGGAGGACCAAGGAGGAGGAGAGAGGAGCUCGGCAGCGGGUGGAGGAGGGAGAGGAGCCUCUUCAGACCACACAACCAGAGGGAGGACCACCAGACCAGGAGGAGGAGGACCAUCUCAGCAGCUCCAGCUGUCCUCCUUCAGGACUCCAGCUGCCCCCCCUCCUCCCACAGCUGCUCCUCCCUCCCCCUCAUCCUCACCUCCCGCCUCCCCCAUCCUAUCACCUCCUUCCCCACCUCAUCAGAGAGCCGGCUCUCUGGAGGCCUCCCCACCCCCUCCCCCAGAGGACCAGGAGCCCACCAAUGAUGGACAAGACGACAAAACAUCAGUGGACGAUGGCAGCCAAUCACAGAGCCUGCCUGAACCUGUUGCCGAGGCAACAGAACCCACCAAAGAGGAACACCAAUCACACACUGAGCCUUCAGAGGAGGAGGAGGAGGACGAGGAGGAGCGGCGGCCUAUAGCAGCGCCGGAGCAAGCAGCAUCAGAUGGUCGACAGCCAACCAGUGAGAAGCAGGAGGGGGAGGAGGACCAAUCGGAUGUGGAGGAGGAGGCGGUGAGCCCUGUGCUGGACCUGGAUGCCUCCCUGGAUAUGGAGGUGAUGGAGAUGAUGUCGUCGUCUCCUCCCCCCUCCCUGCUGCACCUGUCCUCCCCCACCCCGCCCCCUCGCAGGGGGAAGGGUCGGACCCUGCGGCCUCCCCCUUGCUCCUCCCGGCUCACAGACGACCUCUCCAUCCGCCUCCGGCAGUCCCCCUUCUCCACCGAGGCCUCCCCCGAGACCUCCCCCGCUAGACCUCCUGACACCCCACCUCCACUGUCCCCGCCCUCACCUCCUCUCAGGUCCUCCCCCCCAGCCAGAGAGACUCCACCCCUCUCCAAGCCCCCUGCGCCUCCUCCCACGGUUCUCCUCCCCCUGACUCCUAAGAUCGGCAUGGGGAAGCCGGCCAUCUCAAAGAGGAAGUUCUCCCCCGGCAGAGCUCGGCUCAAGCAGGUGUGUUCCAGACAUGUUCUGAUGUCCGUUUGA